GAGAAGGGUGGGGAGAUGGAGGGAGAGACCAGUGAGGGGGGGAAUAGGGGUGAGACUUCUGGGAAAAGUUCAGAGGACAACUGGGGCCUGGGGUUGGGAGGGAGGCAGGCAGAGAAGUCGGGGGAGAACCGAGGACAAGGAUGGGGCAGGAGGGGUGGAGAAAGAGAGGACAGGAGACAGGGAGAGACGGGGAAGGAAGCAGAGAAGAAGGGGCGCAGGAACUGGGGCGCACACCGAGUCCCCGAGGUUAGGGGAACGCGCGUGUCCUUGUGGUCUCAGCCUUCCAGUUCCGGGUUUAUCCCACGUGGUUUCAAAGAGCAAGAAGCAGAAGCCGAGGAAAAGAGCUGGGGUGUGUGGCCCAGUGUGAGCACCUCACCCCUUCUUCCUGGACCUCCUCCGACCCGCCUCUCCAGGAUGCAGCCAGAAGUGGAGCCGCUCUGCUCCUCUAACCUGGGCGCCUCCGGCUUGCACAGGGAGGCAGGCUCCAUCCUUGUGGAUCUGGAGGCUAUAGAGGAGCCCAUGGCUCGGAGCCUGGGCAGACCCAUCAAAUCCUCAAAGCAGUACCUUCGGCAGGUCAUCUCAGAAUACGAGGCACUGGAUCGGGAGCUCCCAUGCAUCCGAAAGUUUUCAGCACCGCCCUCUGCCCAGCCCCUCUGCCUCUGCAUGGAGACUUCGGAGGAUUUCACGCACCUAGAGGUGCUGGAGGCUCUGGAGGCCGAGCUACCCGGGGCCCUGGAGAGUGGGCGCUUGAGCAGCAUCCGGUAUGAGAACAUGAAUGUCAUCUGCGGGACCGCGGGCCGCAGGGACAGGUGGCUCAUCACGGUCACAGACUUCCAGACGCGCUCGCGCCUGCUGCGCUCGGGACUCAGCCUCCGCGGAACCGCGCACCCACUCGUGCGCCACGACGAUCUGCUGCUGGGCGACUACCGCCUUCACCUGCGCCGAUCCCUGGUUCGACGGCGAAUGCUCGAGGCUCUGGGGGCGGAGCCGUCCGAGGAAGAUUGACGCGGGGCGGGGGCGGGUCCCAUCUGCGCCCCGCCCCCAGACCCGGCGAAUCCAAGGGGCGUGGCCUCCCUAGGAAGGAGGCGGGGCCGGCUCGAGGGGGUGGAUACUGUGAGUUUAAUUAUAAAGAAUGACCUGAUACAAAA